CUAUCGACGACAACAUUCUCUCGCUUGCUGUGUAUAUGGUCAUUCGUGCCUCAACUACGAGAAUUUUCCAGCGCUUCCUAUCUCCGCGAAACUUUUCUGUAGUUCCUUCUCGGUCCAUCACAAUCCCAUAUCGCAGAAUGGCCGGCAUCCCCUCCACCUAUGAUGCACCUGUUCACAUCGCCGUGAUUGGCGGAACUGGCAUCCAAUCUCUCGAUGGAUUCACUCUUGCCGCUACACUUACUCCCACAACACCUUGGGGUGCACCGUCUUCUCCCAUCUCCAUCCUCCACCACCCCUCUCCUACCACCGGCAAGCCCAUCCCCAUAGCAUUCAUAUCCCGCCACGGUCUCAACCACGAGCUCGCUCCCCAUGAGGUCAAGAACCAAGCCAACAUCGCAGCCCUCCGCUCCCUCGGCGUUCGCACGAUCAUCGCCUUCUCCGCCGUCGGCUCCCUCCAGGAGGAGAUCCGACCCCGCGACUUCGUCAUUCCCGACCAGAUCAUCGACCGUACAAAGGGCAUCCGCCCCUUCACUUUCUUUGAAGGCGGCAUGGUCGGCCACGUAGGCUUCGGCGACCCAUUCGACACUCGCUUGGCCAAGAUUGUGCAGCAGUGCGGACAUUCGCUCGAAGGCGAGGGCGUCAGGCUCCACGACAAGGGCUUGUUGAUCUGCAUGGAGGGACCACAAUUCUCCACGCGCGCCGAGUCGAACCUGUACCGCUCGUGGGGAGGUUCCGUCAUCAACAUGUCUGCGCUUCCUGAGGCCAAGCUCGCUCGCGAGGCCGAGAUUGCAUACCAGAUGAUCUGCAUGGCCACGGAUUACGACUGCUGGAGGGGCGAGGCUGGCGAGGACGUCAACGUCGAGAUGGUCAUGGGACACAUGAAGGCCAAUGCUGAGAACGCGAAGAGGUUCGUCGGCGCCGUUCUGAACGAGUUGAGCAAGGAGGAGCACAGCGAGCAGGUGCUCGCUAAGCACAUCGAGGGAGGCAUGAGGUUUGCGGGUGGAAUCACCAAGCCCGAGGGACGUGGAAAGGAGGUCUUGACCAAGCUUCAGUGGUUGUUCCCUGGUUACUUUGAUUAGAAGGUUUCUUUUUUCAAGAAGUGUGUUUGGUCGUAGAUUUAAAGUUCGAUUUCUAUAGAUUUUUCAUAUCCAUACUAUGGCAUGAUUACAUUCCUAUCAACUAGGCUAUGCUAUCAGACCAAUAUCAAUAUCUUUUUCUUCA